AUGUUGGCCCUCGCCGUUGCUGCAUCGUUCAUCGCCUCCGUGGCGGCUCAUGCGACUUUCCAGGAGAUCUGGAUCAAUGGUGUCGACUUCGGCUCGACUUGCGUUCGUCUCCCGCAGUCCAACUCACCGGUGACGGACGUUACCAGCACGGCCAUUGCUUGCAAUGCCAAUCCGUCUUCCUCGAACGGCGUGUGCUCCGUCAUGCCUGGGGAUCAAGUGACCGUUGAGAUGCACCAGCAGCCAGGUGAUCGUUCAUGCGCGAACGAGGCCAUUGGGGGCGACCACUUCGGUCCGAUGCAAGUCUACCUCGCUAAAGUCGACGAUGCGACCACCGCCGUGGGCUCCGACGCCAACUGGUUCAAGAUCGACGAAAUGGGCAUGCCGUCGGACAGCCCUGACUACUGGGCUACCGAAGUUUUGAACGACAAUUGUGGUCAUUACACUGUCACUAUUCCCUCGGACAUCGCUCCUGGAAAUUACCUCCUGAAGGCGGAGGUCAUUGCUUUGCACGUUGCCAGUAGCCCCGGAGGUGCCCAGUUUUACACAUCCUGCUACCAGAUCAAUGUUGGCGGAUCUGGGACCGCUUCCCCUCCCACUGUCAAGUUCCCAGGUGCCUACAGUGCUAGCGACCCUGGUAUCCUCAUCAACAUCUACCAGUCGCUGACGGCGUACACCAUCCCCGGACCGACUCCCCACGCCACUCAGUCACCCGCCGUUGCUAAUACUCCAUGGCCAACGACUGCGACGUGGAACACCGCUCUCCAGCCUUCUACCGUCCCCACCGUCAUGCCGUCCGGCGCUGGCGGUGCUCCCGCGCCGACCUCGAAAUCUGCGUCUUCAUCAUCCAGCGCUUCGCACUCGUCCGCUCCUGCGUCAUCCACGCCGGCUCAGACUUCUUCUGCGCCUGUCAGCAGUGGCACCGGCACGCCCGCUGCCAAAUACGGCCAAUGCGGCGGCAUCGGCUGGAGCGGUAGCACUGCCUGCCAAUCCGGUUCGACCUGCACGGUCGUCAACAGCUACUACUCCCAGUGCCUGUAA